UUUCACCUCCAUUCCUACUGCUUGUAGCAUCAGCAGAGCAUGGGACAGGGGACACUGCCAGCCCAUGACUGAACCUCUCUCAUCCCUUCUAACAGAAAAAAUAGUACUCAGUGAAAAGACCUUCUCUGCAUCCUGCUUGUAAGCUGUCUUGAAACAGAGGAUCUUACCCGCUGCUGCUCUCCCUAGAAUCCAACGGUUCCCAGAGCAUCUCUCUGCAAUGGCUAUGGUGUGUUUGUCAGACUUUGAAGCUUAUGCUAAAAAGUAUUUACCCAGGAUUGCUUGGGAUUUCUUUGCAGCUGGAGCAGAUGAGUGUAGCACCCGAGAUGAAAACAUCCUGGCCUAUAAAAGAAUUCAUUUCCGGCCACGUAUGCUGCGGGAUGUAUCUGUGAUGGACACAAGGACUAAACUCCUGGGGACUGAAAUCAGCUUUCCUGUAGGAAUUGCCCCCACUGGCUUCCACCAGCUAGCAUGGCCCGAUGGAGAGAAAAGCACAGCCAGAGCGGCCAAUGCCAUGAACACCUGCUACAUUGCCAGCACGUACUCCACCUGCACGCUGGAGGAAAUCUCCGCAGCCGCCCCUGGGGGCUUCCGAUGGUUCCAGCUCUACAUCCACCGCAACAGGGCAGUUUCUCAGCAGCUGGUCCAACGGGCUGAGGCCUUGGGCUUCCAGGCCCUCGUCCUCACCGCGGACCUGCCCUACACAGGCAAAAGACGUGAUGAUAUCCGUAAUGGUUUCCGGCUUCCUCCCCACAUGAAGCUGAAGAACUUGGAGGGAGCCUUUGAGGGAGAUGACUGUUCCGAGUACGGACUGCCACCCAACAGCUUGGAUCCUUCGGUCACCUGGAACGAUAUUUACUGGCUGCAGAGUCUGACUCGCCUACCUAUCAUCAUCAAAGGGAUCUUGACAAAAGAAGAUGCAGAGCUGGCAGUGAGGCAUGGAGCUCAAGGAAUUAUUGUGUCCAAUCAUGGCGGAAGGCAGCUGGAUGGAGGACCUGCCACUAUUGAUGCUCUGAUUGAAGUUGCGGAGGCAGUACAAGGCAGAAUCGAAGUCUAUGUAGAUGGUGGAAUACGGAAAGGAAGUGAUGUAUUAAAAGCGCUGGCACUGGGAGCAAAAUGUGUCUUUAUUGGACGACCAGCUUUAUGGGGUCUGGCUUACAAGGGUGAAGAAGGUCUUCAGGAUGUUUUGAGGAUUCUCCGUGAUGAGUUUCGUUUGUCAAUGGCCUUAGCUGGCUGUGCCAGUGUCUCAGAAAUUGGCCGGCACCUGGUUCAGUUCUCAAAGUUGUAA